AUGAAAAAAUAAAGUGAGAAUGAGAAGAUUGCUAUUUAUGCAUCAUAGAUGAUGAAAUUACAUGGAAAGAUCCUAGAGAAGAAAUUGACUAAAGUGUCUUCAAAACAGUAAUUUGAAAGUCAAUCCCAAAAUAUCUCGAAUAAUAAUAGUCCUGCAGUUGGAAGACAAAAGUCAUAUGAAAAUCUAUUGAAAGUGAACAGAACGUUCAUAAACCCACCAAUUUAGGUGUCCUAACAAAAAUUAAGCAGCAUUUUAAAUGUGAUGGCAGGCUAACAGACGAAACCUAAAAAUUAAAGUUUAUUUAACAAUGAAUUAAUUGACACAGUCAAGAUAUCUCAUAAAUUACGAAAGAAUCAAUCCAUGAUAUAAAUAGAGCAAUAAUCCCCUUAACUUACUAAAAACUCUUCUUUUCAUAGACCCAAUUCUAGUGUGAAAAUAAAGAAUGGUAAUAGUGUGUCAGGAGAUUAGCCUCAAAUCUAAAAGAUAAAGGAAAAGAUCAAAUCCCUUUUACAAGACAGAGAGAAUUAUUUGUAAUAGGAUUAAAAAGAAACAGCGUUUAUGAUCAAUUUUAAUUAAGCUCUAAAUCAACUAUUGGCGAUCAUAUUUCGAGAUUAGCAAAAUAUUUAGCCUAAUUCAAAUUAGGAUGGGACUCAUGCACUUUAAAUAGACCAUUUCUUUAAAAGAUAAAUAUAGAUUCUAUAACAAUCCUUAUAAUAAUAAAUGGAAAAGAAGAAAGUUGAGAGCAUUCUUAUUUCAAUCAAAAAGAAACAUGAGAGUCUUUUAUCGGAGCAAAAAUAGUUAUUAGAAAUUAAAAAGUCUCAAGAUCAAAUAAUUGUUAAUUUAUAAUAAUAAAUUAAUGGGCUAUCAGCUUAGAUCAGAGAGCAUGAUCACGUAGAUUAAAAUGAUACAGAAAUUUAAGAGUUGAAAAAUUUAGUACAAGAAUAAUUUGAAGCAAUAUAAAAGUUACUCCAAAGAGAACAAUUAACCAAGAUAUUCUUAAAAAGAGUGGGUGAUAGUUCCAUAAUUGAAAUGUUCGAAUAGUUUAUAUCUAAUGCAGAAUAAGUGGAUCAAAAUGACACAGAAGGAAACUUAAACAUUGAUAUAAAUCCUAUCAAUUAACCUAACUCUCUUAAUAAACUACAAACUCCAAAACAAAAAAUGAAUUCUUAAGAUUAAAUUAAAUAUCCUCUAUAAAUCUUGUCAAAAUAUGAGGAUAAUUAUAAAUAAUAGCUAAACUUAUGUGAUUCUGUAUUAGCAGAUGAUUCAAGAGUAAAUGAUUCUGAAGAAAGUAGUUUUGAUUUUAAAGGGAAAGAAUAAGCAACUGAAAUAAGUUGUUAUUUUAACCCGGCAUCCCAAUUUGUUUAGCCUUAGAUGAAGAAGACAAGCAGUUAGAUGAUUUCCAAAGAGAAACUAAGAAUAAAUAUGAUGGGUGUGUUAUUAGCUUAAGUUGAACAAAACUAGCAAGAAAUUUUAGAACAGUAAUAAUAGUAAUAGUAGAAGAUUUUGCCUGACGAUCUAUUGGAUGAAGAUUAAAUGGAUGCCUACUAAUCUAAUGAGGAGGUAUUUAAAUCUAAAAAAUUAGUAUUGAAAAUUUGA